CACCGGCGUCUCCGCCCCGCGGCUCCCACCGGCAACUUUGCGAUGGAGUUUGCUGGGGCGCUGGGGCUCGUCCUGGCGCUGGCACUGGCGCCGGAGCCCGCCGGGGGCCACCCGGAGCCCUGCGGCGUCCUGGCGCGCCUGGGCGCCCUCCUGCCCCGCGCGCCCGCCGCCCGCGCCCGCGCCCGAGCCGCGCUGGCCCGGGCCGUCCUGACGCCGCGGCUGCCGCACAACCUGAGCCUGGAGCUGGUGGCCGUGUCGCCCACCGCGCGCGACCCCGCCUCGCUGGCCCGCGGCCUGUGCCAGGCCCUGGCGGCGCCGGGCGUGGCGGCCGUGCUCGCCUUCCCGGAGGCGCGGCCCGAGCUGCUGCAGCUGCACUUCCUGGCGGCCGCCGCCGAGACCCCCGUGCUCAGCGUGCUGCGGCGGGAGGCGCGCGCGCCCCUAGGCGCCCCGAACCCCUUCCACCUGCAGCUGGGCCGGGCCAGCCCUCUGGAAAUGCUCUUGGACGCUCUGGUGUCUGUGCUGCAGGCACAUGCCUGGGAGGAAGUCGGCCUGGUGCUCUGCCGCAUGCGGGACCCUGGCAGCCUCGUGGCUGUCUGGACAAGCCGGGCUGGCAGGGCCCCAAAGCUCGUGCUGGACCUGAGCCGGCCGGACACGGGUGAUGCAGGACUGCGGGCACGCCUAGCUCUCCUGGGGGCACUGCCAGAGGGUGCAGGCCCAGUUCCGGCAGCAGUACUCCUUGGCUGCGAUGCAAGCCGCGCCAGGCGGGUGCUGCAGGCUGCGCCCCGUGGGCCCCGCUGGCUGCUGGGUACGCCACUGCCCGCUGAGGCACUGCCCACCGGGGGCCUGCCACCUGGGCUGCUGGCGCUGGGUGAGGUGGCCCGGCCUUCACUGGAGGCUGCCAUCCACGACAUGGUGGAGCUCGUGGCGCGAGCCCUGAGCAGUGCGGCCCGUGUGCACCCAGAGCGCACCCUCCUCUCCACCGCGGCCAGCUGCAACGACCGGCAACCAGCCAGACCCGAGGCCCCAGGCAGCAUCCUGGCACCGUUCUUGGCCAACACAUCCUUCCAGGGCCGCACAGGGCCUGUGUGGGUGACCCGCUCCUCACGGGUGCACAUGGCCCACCACUUCCGGGUGUGGAGUCUGCGCCAGGACGCAUUGGGCGACCCGGCCUGGGCCACGGUGGGCAGCUGGCGGGACGGACGGCUGGAACCCGAGCUGGGGGGCGCUGCCGCGCGGCUCCCAACCCCAUCAGGCACCCAGGCCCGACCCAAGCUGCGCGUGGUGACGCUUGUGGAGCACCCAUUCGUGUUCACCCGCGAGCCGGACGAGGAUGGCCAGUGUUCCGCAGGGCAGUUGUGCCUGGCCCCCGGCACCAACGACUCGGCCACUCUGGAUGCACUGUUCGCCGCACUGGCCAACGGCUCGGUGCUCCGCACCUUGCGCAAGUGCUGCUUUGGCUACUGCAUCGACCUGCUGGAGCAGCUGGCAGAGGAUAUGCCCUUCACCUUCGAGCUGUACAUCGUGGCUGAUGGCAAGUACGGCGCGCUGCGGGAUGGCCGCUGGACGGGCCUGGUGGGCGACCUGCUGGCCGGCAGGGCCCACAUGGCAGUCACCAGCUUCAGCAUCAACUCAGCCCGCUCACAGGUGAUGGACUUCAGCUGCCCCUUCUUCUCCACCAGCCUGGGCAUCAUGGUGCGGGCACGGGACACAGCCUCGCCCAUUGGCGCCUUCGCGUGGCCGCUGCACUGGUCCAUGUGGUUGGGUGUCUUUGCAGCCCUGCACCUCACCGCGCUGUUCCUCACUCUGUAUGAGUGGCGCAGCCCCUACGGCCUCACGCCCCACGGCCGAAACCGAGGCACCGUGUUCUCUUACUCCUCGGCCCUCACCCUCUGCUACGCCAUCCUAUUUGGGCGCACAGUCUGCAGCAAGACACCCAAGUGCCCCACGGGGCGCCUCCUUAUGAACCUGUGGGCCAUCUUCUGCCUGCUGGUGCUGUCCAGUUACACAGCCAACCUGGCUGCUGUCAUGGUUGGGGACAAGGCCUUUGAGGAGCUGUCGGGGAUCCACGACCCCAAGCUGCACCAGCCGCCGCAGGGCUUCCGCGUGGGCACCGUGUGGGAGAGCAGCGCGGAGGCCUACAUCAGGAAGAGCUUUCCGGGCAUGUACGCGCACACGCGGCGCCACAGCGCGCCCACCACGCCCCACGGCGUCGCCAUGCUCACGAGCGACCCCCCUAAGCUCAACGCCUUCAUCAUGGACAAGUCGCUGCUGGACUACGAGGUCUCCGUCGACACCGACUGCAAGCUGCUGACGGUGGGCAAGCCUUUCGCCAUCGAGGGCUAUGGCAUUGGACUCCCCCAGAACUCCCUGCUCACCUCCAACCUGUCCAAGUUCAUCAGCCGCUACAAGUCCUCCGGCUUCAUUGACCUGCUGCAUGACAGGUGGUACAAGAUGGUGCCUUGUGGGAAGCGGGUCUUCGCAGUUACCGAGACCCUCCAGGUGGGCAUCUACCACUUCUCAGGACUCUUUGUUCUGUUCUGCCUGGGGCUUGGCAGCGCCCUGCUCAGCUCACUGAGUGAACAUGUCUUCUACCACCUGGCAUUGCCACGCAUCCGAAGGGCCAAGAAGCUGCAGUACUGGCUGCACACGAGUCAGAGAAUCCACCGUGCCCUCAACACUGGGCCACCGGAGGGGCAGGAGGAGGUGGAGCCGGAGCCCAGGGGUCCUGAGGAGCAGCAGCAGCAGGACACGCCAGCUGCCCCCGGGAGUCCCGGGGGCUGGACACCGGUGCACGGGGCCGUGGUGAGGGCGCGCAGGGUGCACUUCCUGCUGGAACCCCCGGAGACCACCGCCACGCCUGCAGCAGACCGAGAUGGGGCCGCACCACCCGAGGGCUCCCUCUGGCCCUGCUCGAAGGGCCGCCCACCCGCCUCACUGCCCACAGGUGCCCCGUGCCCUGGCGAGCUGGAGGAGCUGGAGCGGCACAUAGAGGGCGUGCGGGAGCAGCUGCGCCAUGCCCUGGUGCGGCGCGGCGAGCUCCUGGCCCAGCUUGGGGAUGGCACCCGCGGGCCGCUUCACCUGCCCCAGGCCUGUGGGGAGGUACCCAGAGCGGCCCGCUGACCUAGGAACGACUGCCCCUCUGAAAUACCCCCAAC